GUUUUGUACUAUUAUCCAAGUUUUCGCGACAAUUUUCAACACAAUUUAUUAGAAAUAAUAGUUAUUUGUCAUGUAUCGUCGUUAGUGCUAGUUUUUAAUUGUUUUUUACUCAUAUUUUUUGCGAAUGCUCACUUCAUAGCUUUCCUAUUCGAUGUCACGACUCGCUUUAUAUUUUCCGCGCUUAUUUCGGGUCACUGCUGAUGUGUUGUUUCGCACAGUGUCGCAAAAGUGAAAAUCUCAUAAAUUAAUAAAAAAAUAUAUAUAAAUAAUAGAUACAUAUGUAUGCAAAUGCAUACUUCAGCAGUCACGGUAACUUUAUGAAGUGCGAACAAAAUCGUCCUUAUAAGCCACUAAAUCUGAGCGCCUUAAUAUUUAUUCAGAAGCAUGGGGUUCCAAUAAUCAAAAAGAAAAGUUUCCAAAAUAUUGUUUUUAAAUAUCUAUUUUAAAAAUAUUAACCUCUAAAUAUUAUUUUCGUUAUGAUAAGGCUAAUAUAUAUUUUCAUUGUAGUUGGUCAGCAAUUCAACUCAAAUUUAUCAUUCGUAUGAUAAUUGUUUCAUUGAUUUGACUGCUGAUUAUGUUGUUGGAUUUUAGCCGCGGUUGUUUGAUAAUAACUGCAGUCUUCGACAGUCUUUGUGAAUGUUACUCAAUUCUAUCGCUCCCUGAGUGAGCGUGUUUUCGUUUUUUUUUUGUAUAUGUUUGUAUUGUUUUUGCCCUCUGACCGCCAAACCACCGAGGUUGCUUAAAAAUGCUAAAAUAAUAACCGUAGCGCAAGAAAAUGUAAUAAUUUCACAAAUUAGAGUGACAAUCAACAGAGGUUUGGAAGCAACAGGCGUGUUGCAUUGCAACAUUUUGCCGUUUACCUUUCGCCAACUCCAAUCAACGUUGGCAUAGAUGUUGUUUUUAUGAAAACGUAGUAUGCGUGCUCGAUUAUUUAAGCCGCCGCUUGCUUAACGAUCUCUUCGACGACGGUGAGCUUACAACGGAAAACAAAGAAAAUCGAGUCAGUUUCAGCCCAGUUAGUAUGUCAACAGUCAGCAUUCUUUUUACUUACACUGUUAAAUUGUUGCUAGCACGUGUGUGUUUCGUUUUCUACAUAGCCGUUACUCAUUCGAUAAUUGCAUUUCAUUCGUUAGUAAGUGAACCACAUAGUCAGCCGGCACAGCUUAUUUCUCUAUAUACAUACAUGCAUUUUUUGUCAAUUUUACCAAAAUCACUUAUUUAUUAUUUAUUUUGAAUACAUUGAAUGAAUAUUCGUAUAGAUGUCUACGUAUUUAUACUUUGUAAAUUUUUAAGUUUUCUCUAAUGUAAUUGUAACUGUUUUUUGACAAAUAACUUCUUCAUCGCAAAACACCAUUUUUUAUGUCGGGCAAUUAAAACUGCUCACCCAUCUAAAUGGAGGUCCUUGUUAUUUUUGUAUGUUUCUAAAUCAAUAAGAAAAUAUUAAUAAACGGCACUAAGUGCUUGCGAUGUUCUUUUUGUAAGUGACUUGACUAUUGCAUGCAUUUUUUUUCAAUACAUAUUUGUAAAGUUAUUCAAACAAUGAUCACUGAUUUUACAUCUUUUUUAUUUUCGAUAUAUUUCCUGUAACGUCAUCAGCGUCUUUUGCCAUUUAUUCAUGUUGUUGCUCUGCAUUCCUUGUUAUGAUUUAUGACUUGACGAAAGCAACAACCACCAUACUAAGUGACAUAUCAGCCAGAACUGUCGAAGUCAUGGUCACUUCAAGAUGGAAAAACCAAACAAUCAAAUAGUUUGAUUGACUUGGCGCACCUCUCGGAUACCUCAGACACAUUGCCAUUGCAUGAAUGACAUACAUAUGUAUGUACAUACAUAAUAUUUUCACUACCACUGAUGCUUACUUUUGCGAAUAUUACAUCUAUGCUUUUCUUUGCAAUUAAUUGCCUUGUAAUAACUGACUCCGAUGUGCUUUCAAAUACAUUUAUGAUGCCCGCUUUUAUAGUUUGCUUACACAUUACUUUGUACAUUUUGGUUCGAAUAUGUGUUUGUAGAUACUUACGCGUACAUGAUGCUUAUUUCGCAUUCGUGAAUACUUAUCAAUCUAAUUAUAAUACAAAAAUGUCAGAAAAAAAUACAGAUUGUGCCGGCCGGCAUUUUUAUCUGAAGGUUACGCGAUUACUGUUUCUUUUUUAGGUAAUUUUGAAUAAAUGCAUUUGUGUUUGUGUGUUAUUUAUAUCUGUUCCAAAUCAAAUCACUGCUUAAACUUGAAGACACGCAAACAAUUGUUCAUUUUACGAAAUCACUUGUAUUGCUUUUACGGUGUUCGUAGUUGUUAGAGUUCGUAUAGGUGUCCCUACGAUUAGUGGAAAACCAAUUGAAUUUUAUAUGUGCAUAUGUAUUCGGAAACAUUUGUACUUUCAAACAUCUUUACUUACCCCUUUUUAUUGUUGUUUUAUGGCUUUGUUUGUGUACUGCCGGCUUCUAUUGACUUUCGGCCGUGAUAUAAACCGUUUUUGCUAAUAUACUUUCGUAAUCUUCUCAAAAUUGUGAAUUUAGCAACUAGAUAAUUGUGCGCCAAAAUAUAGUUUAUAGUUUGGACAAUCAAUUUUUAUUUAAUUGAAACAAAAGUUUGUGAUUAUUAGCUUAUAUUGUACCAACCUCUGCUACUCAUUAAUAAAACCCUCAUCGCUAUUAUGCCGGUGCAUUAUCUUGACGUUGCAACCACUUGUUUCUGUAAUUUUCACUUUGUAGCAAAAUAGUUUCUAUGAAAAAGAUUUUUUUUAAUUCAAAAUUUUAUAUGAAAUGACAGCAAUGAAAUACGGUUUUCGGGCGAAAAACCAACUCGAGAAAAAAACUUUAUUAUUCUGAAUAAGAAUUGUUGACAAAAACAAAAUUCAAUAGAAAAAUACAUAGAAGAAGAAUAAACCUACGAAACAACACAAUAAUAAAAUAAAAAAAAAUUGAAUAAAACGCGGGAGAAACAUGAAUAAAAUACUGCCUUGGGAACAUUUUGAAAGUUUGUACAAAGAAUUGAUCGGCCAGAAUAGCAACGAUAGUUCUAGUGGCGGCGGGCACAGCGGCAUGGGUUCGGGGCCGCCGGGCACACCCAAUUCACAGCAAGUAAUGCGUCCCACACCUUCACCAACAGGCUCUUCAGGUUCGCGUUCCAUGUCACCAGCAGUGGCACAAAAUCAUCCAAUUUCACGACCUUCUAGUAAUCAAUCGAGUAGUGGUCCGAUGCAACAGCCUGGCGCUUCUGGACCUCCACCACCCCCGCCCCAUAUGCAAGCGGCACCAGGUGGCGGUGGUCCACAGCAACAACAACAGCAGCAGCAAAUGCCUGCGCAAUCGCAAUCUCAGCAACAGCCUAUCGGUGGACCUGGUGGUGUGCACAGCUCACCAUCUGGUGUUGGUGGCUCGCAACAAGUUGGUGGUCUACCCCCAGGUGGUCCUGGCGCUCCUACAGGUCCACAACAACAACAACUUCCGCCGAAUCAAAGCUUGAACAGUAUGUCAACACCACCUCCACAAGGGGCGGGUGGUGGUGCGGGCGGUUAUCCACCACCGCAACAUAUGCAUGGUGUCUAUAAAAUGGGUGGUCCAGGACAAAGUCCGGGUCCAGGACCGCAAGGUUUGCCGACUGGCUACCCGCCUCCACAACAGUCCCAACAAUAUUCUCAAGGAUCUUACCCGCCUCGUCCGCAAUACACACCCAGCGGUUACGCGCCCUCUCAACCGCCUUCAAAUCAACCAACCUCCGCCAAUAGUAUGCCUCCCGGUGGCGGUCCUCAAUAUCCCGGUCGGCCAAUGCCAAAUCAUACUGGUUCCGGUGGUCCACAUGCGCAGUAUCCACCCUAUCAGAAUUGGGUGCCACCAUCACCACAAGGUGGUCCCGGAGGUGGCGGCUCACCAGGCGGCGCCGGUGCUGCGGGUAUGGGCAAUCAUGUACAAGGCAAAGGAACACCUCCACCCGGCGGUCCACCACAGCCAGCCGGAGGCGGCUCACCGCGCCCACUCAACUAUUUGAAACAGCAUUUACAACAUAAGGGCGGCUAUGGCAGCGGUCCAGCGCCGCAGCAGGGCUAUGGUAAUGGGCCAGGCAUGCAUCCGGGUAUGCCAAUGGGACCACCUCACCACAUGGGACCGCCACACGGACCUACAAACAUGGGCCCACCAACAAGUACGCCGCCGCAAUCGAUGGGUGGAGUGGGUCCCAUUGGUAGUAUGGUGGGUGUGAGCGGUAAUGUUGGUAGCGGAGUAGUGUUGUCCGGUGACGGCGAACACAUUUCACAGGAUAACGGCAUUAGUUCGUCGGGUUCAUCCACAGCAUCGGGACCACAUCCGGUCACUUCAGUGGUGACAACUGGACCAGAUGGCACACCCAUAGACGAAGUUAGCCAACAAAGUACGCUAUCAAAUGCUUCAGCAGCUUCUGGUGAAGAUCCACAAUGCACAACACCAAAAUCUCGUAAAAACGAUCCAUAUAGCCAAAGCCAUUUAGCGCCACCAAGCACAUCGCCGGUUGGUCAUCCCGGACAUCCAGUUGGGCCCAGUGAAGAAUAUGAAAUGAAUUCACCCCCGAAUUGGACGCGACCACCAGUAAGUCCUCAAGUUUUCAAUAGCCAUGGACCGCCACAAGAGACUUUUCGUACAUCGUCUACGAAAAAAUCCGAUAGCCUGUGCAAACUAUACGAAAUGGAUGAUAAUCCGGAGAGACGAAGUUGGCUUGAUAAGCUGCGUGCGUUCAUGGAAGAGCGACGCACACCGAUCACCGCCUGUCCAACAAUAUCGAAACAACCGCUCGAUUUAUAUAGGUUAUAUAUUUAUGUAAAAGAACGUGGAGGAUUCGUCGAGGUAUGCAAGGUUACGAAAAGUAAAACAUGGAAAGAUAUUGCCGGUUUAUUGGGCAUAGGUGCCAGCAGUAGUGCUGCUUACACCCUACGCAAACACUAUACAAAGAAUUUGUUGACCUUCGAGUGUCACUUCGAUCGGGGCGACAUAGACCCGUUGCCCAUCAUUCAGCAGGUGGAAGCCGGCACAAAAAAGAAAUCGACCAAAGCCGCUUCUGUACCAUCGCCAGGCGGUGCAAUUGCGCUUGAAAAUACAAAUGCAUCAACAAUGUCAGCAGGUUCCUCAAAUUCCCAGGAUUCAUUCCCUGCACCGGGCGCAGCCGCCAAUGCAUCAAUUGAUGGUUAUCCAGGUUAUCCGAGUGGUUAUCCCGGCACAGCAGGGCCACAGCCAGACUAUGGUGCGGGUGGUGGUCAAAUGCAACGACCACCCUCACAAAGCAACGCACAAACCCCACAUGCAGGUAAUACUCAAACAGCAGCAGUUGGUGAUAAUAUUAGUGUGAGCAAUCCUUUUGACGAUCCGGUUGUGGGUGGCGGUGGUAGUGGCAAUAGUAGCGUCAGCAACGCGCCACCGCCUCCCCGUGCCUCCCCUUAUCAACAGGGCGUUGGCAAUGCUUACACGCCGGUGUCUAGAACGCCAGGUUCCCCAUAUCCGGGUCAACCAGGUGCUUACGGUCAAUAUGGUACAAGUGAUCAAUACAAUGCCACUGGUCCACCGGGCCAGUUUGGUCAGAGCCAAGGACCACAAUUUCCACCACAAAAUCGUAACAUGUACCCUCCUUAUGGACCAGAGGGGGAAGCUCCUCCACCUGGUGCAAAUCAAUAUGGCCCUUAUGGUAAUCGUUCGUAUAGUCAACCGCCACCAGGUAGCUCUCAAACUCCUACACCGCCUGUUUCAGCGGUAGGUGGAACUGCUGGUCCACCGACUGGUGGUCCGCAAGCGCCAGGCGGCGGUUAUCCGCCAGUUGCUCCAACUCAACAGGAUUAUUAUAGGCCGCCCGACCAGACGCCGCAACCACGUCGACAUCCGGAUUUUGUGAAAGAUUCACAACCCUAUCCAGGUUAUAAUACCAGACCUCAAUUAUACGGGGGUUGGAGCGGUUCAACUCAAUACCGUGGGCAAUAUCCUUCAGCACCCUCGCCACAAGGUUGGGGUAGUGCACCACCACGCACAGCCGCACCGCCUGGUGGCGGUCCACUUGGGCCUCCAAAUCAACAGUCGUCUGCCGCAGUGCAAUGGGAACAACAUCGUUAUGGCCCCCAACAGCCUCCACCUCCGCCACAACAGCAGCCGCCAUACCAACAACAAGGUCAGCAGCAACAGCCACCGCCACCACAGUGGGCACAAAUGGCAGGCACUGCACAGCCACCACCCCAAGCGAGUGCACCUGGCACAGCGUUGCGGCCAUCUAGCGGAGGUCCACAGCAGCCACCACAACAACGGCCCGGUAUGCCACCACCACCCGCCCAGCAACUGCCUGUUGGCCCGACGUCCAGUCAAAACAUGACAAAGCCACCUUUUGUGAUGCCACCGCCACCUCAAGUUGGAGGCACAGGUUCUCCUACUUGCGGUCCACCACCAUCCAUAGCACCACCCAGCACAGUUAAUGCGAUGCCGUCAGUUAUGGGCGCGCCUGUUGCUGGUGUGUCCAAGCCACAGGUGUCCGCCGUAAACGCUGUACCACAAGUUGGCUCUCCCGGUCUACCACAAUUACCAGCACAACAGCAGCCCCUACAAGCUCAGCCACAGCAACAGUUUCCAACUCCUGCCGGCACCCAAAUCAUUAAAAAGGAGAUUAUUUUUCCGACGGAUAGCGUUGAAGCCACCACACCCGUGUUGUAUAGACGCAAACGUUUGACUAAAACCGAUGUUUGCCCGGUUGAUCCAUGGCGCAUAUUUAUGGCAAUGCGCUCCGGUCUAUUAACUGAGUGCACCUGGGCGUUGGAUGUAUUAAAUGUGUUGCUCUUCGAUGACACAACGGUACAGUACUUUGGGCUGGCGCACUUGCCUGGCCUGUUAACUCUCCUUUUGGAGCACUUCCAAAAGAAUCUCGCAGAGAUGUUCAACGAUAACGACACGGACGUUGAUCAUCAUAGGGGCGGAAGUCGAAAUGCACGUAUAGUACAAAUCUACAACCGCAAACAAAAACAACAACAUGGCAUCAACGAAAACGUCGAGUGUAACAAUGAUUACGACAAAUGCAAGUCGUUUCAAAUGCCAAUAGUUGAUGAUGACGAUGAAGAUGAGGGCAUUGAUCUAGGCCAGAUACGUGUGCUACCAAAUCCUGAAGAGAGAAUAACGUUGCUUUCGCACACACCCAACUACACAAUGAUGUCGCGUAAGGGCUUGCCAGUACGUCUGCAACCGGCGGAAGAUGAUAUUUUUGUAUCGAACAGACAGAAGGAGUGGGACUCAGAGGAAGAGCCUAUCUAUGAGCAGACAAAUGUGACUGAACCCACUGGUUGGAGUUGGACGUAUGGUUUUGCGGAUCGCAAUGCCAAAGAUGGCAUUAUCGACGUGUUCAAGUCGGAAAUUAUAAACAUUCCAUUCGCACGUUUCAUACGUGGCAGCAACGAAAAGAGCUGUAGUAACAGUAUAGGUGCGACCAAGUCGUCAAUGAAAACUAAUGCAGAAGAAGCGAAUAAUGCUGGAACCUGUGAAACAAGCAGUAAAGUUGUGAAAAGUGAGCAAAUGGAAGACGGAAGCUGUCCGGAGGAUAGUAGAGUGGAGCAUGCGUUUAACAAAAAGCGACGAUUAUUCAACAACAGCAACAGUAAUAACAGCAGCAAACACGGUGGCUGCGAUGGUAGCGGUGCAAAGAGAUCUAAAUUAAAUGACGAUGAAAUUGCAUUUGCGCAACCUGGUCUCAUCAAAAAGGAACCCUCAGAUGCUGCGCUCGUAGAGAAUUCAUCAACAGCAACUGAUAGCGACUGCCGCGAGGUCGAUAUGGAAAUUGAGUUACUGCCCCAACAACGUCUAGGUAAUUGCGGCGGUGCUAGCGUGCCGAAAAACUUUGAUCCAAUAUCGACAGUGCGAGAUGCAGCACAGGUGUUGCAGCGUCGGCGUGCAUCCACAGUAGAAGAAGAGUGCUAUACACGUGACGAAGCCAGUCUUUACCUGGUUAGUGAGUGUCAAGAUGCGCUGGCGCGUCGCUGUAUUUGCCUGUCAAACAUCUUCCGCAAUCUGACAUUUGUGCCCGGCAACGAAACUCUCUUAGCUAAAUCGCGCCGCUUCCUCGCUAUCCUUGGCCGCUUGCUGCUGCUCAACCACGAACACUUACAGCGUACGCCGAAGACGCGUAAUUAUGAUCGCGAGGAGGACACUGAUUUUUCAGACUCAUGCAGUUCACUACAGGGAGAACGCGAAUGGUGGUGGGAUUAUCUAGUCCACAUACGCGAAAAUAUGCUCGUCGCCUUGGCGAAUAUAGCCGGCCAUUUAGAAUUGUCACGCUACGAUGAGCUCAUCGCACGGCCAUUGAUCGACGGUCUCCUUCAUUGGGCUGUGUGUCCAAGUGCGCAUGGUCAAGAUCCUUUCCCAUCUUGUGGUCCAAAUUCUGCGCUGUCGCCGCAACGGCUAGCGCUCGAAGCACUGUGUAAACUUUGCGUUACAGAUGCCAAUGUCGAUCUCGUUAUAGCGACACCACCGCAUUCAAGGCUGGAAAAGUUAUGCGCCGUGUUGACACGUCACCUGUGUCGCAAUGAAGAUCAAGUAUUGCGGGAGUUUUCCGUUAAUCUGCUGCAUUAUUUAGCCGCUGCGGAUAGUGCUAUGGCACGAACAGUGGCGUUGCAAUCUCCUUGUAUCUCAUAUCUUGUGGCGUUCAUCGAACAAGCAGAGCAAACAGCUUUAGGCGUGGCCAACCAGCAUGGAAUCAACUAUCUGCGCGAAAAUCCCGACUCGAUGGGAACUAGCUUGGACAUGCUACGACGUGCUGCCGGCACGUUAUUACAUCUAGCUAAACAUCCGGAUAACCGAUCGCUAUUCAUGCACCAAGAACAACGUUUGCUGGGUUUGGUGAUGUCAAAUAUACUCGACCAACAGGUAGCACUGAUUAUAUCCCGUGUAUUAUUUCAAGUUUCGCGUGGCACUGGUGUAGGGGGACCGUCGAUGAUGCCGUCACUGGAAUAUCGCUUCCAACAACGGCAAACUGAUGAGAAAAUGACCACAGGUGGAAAGCACAACGCUUCCGGUAGUAUUGGCAGCAAUGAUGUAAAAGUGGAAAAUAAAGUGGAAACAGCAUCGACUGCAGCUUCAGUAACAACAAAUUCGCCACAAUCUGCAACAACUGCGGCAACGACACACACCACACCUCAUGUAGUAAUAAGCGGUAUUAAAAGUGAGGAAUUACCAGCAACUGCCAACGACUUGAACGAUGCCAGCACCAUCAACGCAAAUGGCAACAACAGCACCAGCAGUGCGAGCAACCACAACACUAGCGACAAUAGCAACGAUCCAGCGUUUACGCACAAGUUGCCAGCAGCAGCAUCUACGCCUACAGUGAUGAGCAAGUCUCAAAACGCUUGUGCCACUGUGGAUGAUAAUAGUAAUAGUAGUAACGCUCUGGCGCCCGCAUCGGCUUUAUUGAACGAUGUCAGCAAUAGCAGUACCAACAGUAACAGUUGCGGCACGGUAAGCAGUAACAGCAAUAGUAACAGUAUAAGCAGCGGGAACAACAACACCAACAGCAAUAUGCACAUAAAAAAUGCGAUUGAGAACUCCAACGUGAAUGCGCUAGGAGCAAUGGCUCCUAUGCUGGCUAGUAGUGAAACGAGUCAUUUGCAGCCAAAUCUGCUGAGCAGUAACGGCAGUGGUAAGAAUGUGAUCAGCGCACCUAUAGCCACUAUUAAUGCAGCACCACUUACCAAUACCAGCAACAACAAUGGUAAUGGGACGGACAGUCGAACCAAUGCGCAGCAAUCUGCAGCGUUAACGGGUGCGCCGACGCGAUCGCCACCUCCGCCACCACCACCAACGGCAAACGCAGCAGCAGCCGCGGCACCAUCCGCACCAACAGCUCCACCAGCAACUACAACAGCAGCAGUUGCGUAGUACAUGACGAUGUUGCCGACGUUAGCAGCUGUGCCGGCAGUGUCAGUGCAACAGCAGCAGCAGCAACAAGAACACGUGCAUAUACAUGAACAACAGCAUCUUGGUAUGGAUCAUCAUCAUCUACACCACCAGCAGCAACAUCACUAUGCCCAGCUGGAUGGGCACUACCAACAGCAAACGGCGGCGCCAUCACCACCACCACCACCACAAACAUCUCCGCAGCCACACUACCAUCUGCCGCCAUACCACUAUCACUGGAGCAAGCAGCAAUCACCGCUGCAGCCACCAACAGCACAUCCUCAACCUCAUCAGCCCGAAGAUGCACACUAGAUGUCUCUGUAAACGUGAAUCGUAAUUUAUUACAACAGAAUAACGUUGCAUUCGUAGCGAAGUAGAAACUAAAGGUAUAACGGUUAUAACGUAUGUAUAUGAGCAAAGUCAUGCUAUAGUUCAAUACAAAAUGCGGAGAUGACUUAGUUGUCACAGUGACGUUUAAGUAAAAAAAAAAAACAUUUACCCACUUCGCGUCGCUGCAUCUCUCUCCGCCUACAGAUGUAUAUGUAUAGAGGAAAUAGCAAAUAAAUUAAAUAUAUACAUAUAUAUGAUAAUGGCGAUCAACCCUGUAGAUAUAGUAACAUGAGUAGUAUUUAGUUUGUGUAAAGAAAAGUAUGUCUCACUUUUUGUAUUUUUAUUAUUAUUAAUAUUAUUUUUGUAAUAUUUUAAGAUACUUAUAAUUUCAUACCUAUGCUGGGAUAUAGAGUUAAUAGAAAGAAAUAUCAAACAAACAAUUUGACAAAAACAUAAACAAAUAUGCAUUACUAACACAUGACAUAAAGCGACUUAAAGCAAGCUCUACGCUAAUGCUAAAAGGAAACGGAAACUGGGUUCAAGAGAACCAGACGUUGUAACAUAAUCUAUACAGAACCGUUGAAAUCGAAUAAAAUUGUAAAGGCUUUCUUGUUGGAACGCAUCCAAAAACCAAUUAUAGCGGUCCUGCAUAUCAAAAGCGCCGCCCUUUCGUUAUAAAAUAUUUGCAAAAUUUUUAAUACAUAUUCGCAGUUGGUUUAGUGUUCGAAUUAUCAAUUAAUUGCAGCAUUAAUUUCGCUGAGGUUGCCACACAUACAUAUGUAAAUAGCUCAAAAUUAUUGCUCUGACUCAAUUCUAGUAUUAAAAAUCUAUAAUAAUUGCUUAUUUUCGAUAGGUUUCCUUUUUUCGUUUUUUUUCUGUUAAUUUUAAUUGUUUCUCGUUUUGAAGUGGUAAAACUGCAAUUUGUAUUUCGAAUCACACAUGUGAUUGGGCGAAAAAUACCUUCAUAUGCUAUGUCGCACUGCGCACUUCCCCACAAUAAAAUUUUCAAAUCUAAGACGCGGCAUUAAGACAAAACUGAUCUAGCUAGGGAAGGAAACUAAUUAUAUAACACAAUAUUUCCAUUAUUUAUUACAAAAAUCUAAAAGUAACGGUAUUAAGUGUGCACAGCACGCUACUAGCUUAUGGUAAUCUUCGUAUGUCAAUCAAAAUAAGAAAUUUAAUAUUGUUUUAUCCUUUUUUUUUUUUUUUAUUUUUUGCACGUCUUGUUUCUGUUGUAAAAUGUUUGUUUGUAUACUAGAAAGUAAAUUAAUUUAUAAUUUUAAAUUGUCCACCUGGCAUACACGAUUUUCUCUUAAACCUGUAAAUAUGGUUUCUAAAAAUGGUUCUCAUCUUAAUUUCGCUUACAAACUGUCGCCCAGUCACAAUCCCAACAUAUGAACAAGCGCACAUGCCUUAACGAAAUAUCUUAUAUAUUACUGAGAGCAAAUUAAAAAUUAUACAAAAUGCAUUUCCUCGAUAUUGACAACCAAUGCAAUUUAGAAAAUUAAUUUCUUUCAUAUUUAUUGAUGCUAUUUUAAAUAUAUGAUUCGUGUAUAGUGUGCAUAUACAUAUAUAUAUAUAUGCAAGUAUUUUGUGCACAUUAACGAGCAAAUGGAAUGGAAUGGAAUAAAUCUACAAAAACUAUGAAAAAGAAAUGCAAAUGUAAAACUGUGCUUAAUAUGCAACAUAAAUGAUAGGAAAAAUAUUAAGUUAAUUUCUAUAGCUAUGUCUAGCUUUUAACUUAUUAAAUUAUAUACUAUUGUAAAACUACUAAAAAAAUGUAAUGCAACGUAUAAUGUGAGUAAAGGAUGAAAACAAAACACUGCAAUUUCAGCAUUAAAAAAAAUAUCCAUAUAUAUGAAAAAUGCUUAAAAAAUUAACCAUAAAACAAUUAAUGUUAGAUGCAUAUGUAUACAAGUAAAUAUAUAUAAUUGUAUAUGUAGUAACGUACGUAGCUGUAAAUCAAUAUUGCUUACAACUGAUAUAAAUAAAUCUAAUAUUAAAUAUUAA